AUGCUCUUAAUUGGAUCGCAGGUUUUACUCAAACGUGAGAGCUGCAUAGAGAAACCUUUAGCGACGCUAUGGCGAAACUACCAGCAGUCCACCAAGCCCGACGUGGUGAUGAAACUCUCCGUCACCAACUCCGGUCUAAAAGGGUUCACCAAAGAGCACGGGCUGACCGAGUACUGGUCCCACCGUAUAACCUAUUGCGCCAGUCCGCCCCACUAUCCGAAACUCUUCUGCUGGGUGUACCGCCACGAGGGAAAGAAAUUGAAGCACGAACUCCGGUGUCACGCCGUCCUCUGCACCAAAGAAUCAGUAUCAAAGAAAAUAACCGAGGAGUUACAGUUUAAGUUGAAGCAAGCGUUAGUCGAAUUCAAGAAAGACAGGAUCUCAAAGCAAAACGCAAGGUUGAGCCUUGCGAACAGUGUAUACGACAACCCGAGUAUGCCGCGCAGGAAGAUACUCCUUAGCGUUGGCGCGAUGAACUACCGACCGCCCCUGGAAAGGUCAAAGUCCGCGCCGAAACUCGGUGCCAUCGAGGAGCUCUGGUCUGAGGAAGACGAAGAGGAAGCAGAGAUGAAUGCCAAACAGAGCACGUGCAAUUUCAACGCCGAAGAUUUCUGCGCCACACAGACCUUAGACCGGCGAAGGCUGGAGGCGAAGUCCCCGCGAAAGCUCUCCUGUCCAGACGGUUUCAUGAACAGAUCGCAGCAAAAAGUUGACAAUGAUUCUAAAGCAACGGAUGAGCUGAUAGAUCUGCUGGUGAAGGAGAGCAAAAUGAAAGCGGAGAGUGAGGAGCGCGAUAAUACUAGUCAUAGCGGUGGCGAUCGUAAAUCGGAACCGAGGUUGCAACUACUGGGAGCGAUUUCAGAAACGCGAGAGCUUAUCGACAACGCGAUUAGCGUAGAUGAGGUGCGAAAGAAAUUGCAUACGCAGAGUAACUUCCUCGUCACGGACAGCGACGACGGAUCUGUUUCUUCGGGCUGUGAGACCGCAAGCACCGUUACUUCUUCUGAUGCCGAGCCCUCGUCGCUCCCCUCGCAAUACCCUCUAGAGGAAGCUAAAGAAUCUGAUAGCGACGAAGAAAGAGCCUCGAUGUUCGACAGAGCUCAAAUCUUCGAGCACGCAUCAACGCGAGGCAGCAACAGAAGCUACGCAAACUCAAUUCACGUGAUAAAUGACAGGUCGGAAACUUCGAACCCAACUGCUGCAGAUGAGGUAAACCACGUGCCCAUUGGUGAGAAGAACACAUUCAGACGACGGUCCACUUAUCCGCCAUUGGGCACUGACUCCUCUGUGCUCGCGAGCCUCGAGGACAAAUUCGAAUCACUUAUCGACAAUUUGACAGACGUUGACAGUCUGAACUCUAGCACUGACGUGUUUAAUAAGAAUGCAGGUGACAAUGAUAGCGCUUGCAGCGACGAAUCUGGAUAUUCAGAAUUUCUGGACAACGGAAAAGAUAGUAUUAUUGGUAACACAAUUAUGGUG